GCAAGAAACAGAAUAACAAAUAUCUCAAGAGCAGACAAGAUUUGUUGACAAAAGUAAGUUGAUGAUAAGAGAGAGAUAGAGAGAUGGCACUUCAACUGAACCACUUCUAUCCAUCCACUUCUAAGCAUGGCAAACAACCUAAGCCUCCACUUACCUCCACCAGACCUAGGCCAACAAAAUUUCAAGUCAAAGCAGCGUCCACAAAUGGCAGGGAGCUGAUACAGUCUGGUGCUGUCAGGCCAAUACCACCAAAGGAGGCAGCCAUGGCAAUGAGCUCUGAAGGUUUCAUACUCCUGGACAUCAGACCAGAUUGGGAGAGGGAUAAGGCACGGGUGGCUGGGUCAUUGCACGUGCCACUCUUUGUCAAAGACAUGGACAAUAGUCCCUUGACUCUUUUGAAGAAGUGGGUUCAUUUUGGAUACAUUGGCUUAUGGACUGGCCAAAAUUUCACCACGUUGAAUCCUGAUUUUCUCCAGCAAGUGGAGGCCGAAGUUCCUGACAAGGAUGCCAAGCUUCUUGUGGCUUGUGGUGAAGGACUAAGGUCCAUAAUGGCAGCUUCGAAGUUGUACGCGGGAGGAUUCAAGAACUUGGGAUGGCUUGCUGGAGGAUUCAAUCGUUCUGCAGUUAGUGAUUUCCCAGCUGUUGAAGGUUCAGAGAAAUUGCAAUAUGCAACCAUAGGUGGUGUUUCCUACUUCUUCCUUCAAUUACUCAUACUGUUGCAAGCCGUGGGCAAGGAUGAUUGAUUGGCUAAUAAUGCGAUAUGCUCUCAAAAUCUGAUAACGUUUUGAGGUAGCUUUUUUUAUGGUAAUGUUGGCUAGAAAGCCCAGACGUUUUUAAGCAUAUCUUGACGUUGCUAAUAUCUAAUGCUGGCUACAGAAGCAUGUUAAACAAA